AUCAAACAAAUCAAAUCGAAAAAAAAGUAAACAAAGUGGAGGUUUCUGCUAACAGCAGUAUUGUAAUUAUAUCUUUAUUAAAGAUAUUCUAUAUUAUAGAACUCGUAAUCAUAUGAGACAUACUUAUGGGGAAACAUUCCGAGUGGCGGAAAACCGCUAAAAAAGAACGGAGGCGGUGGUGCAGACGGCAAAAGGCGGCCGAAAAGCAAAAGGUCGAAGAUGAAGAAUGUAAGCGUAGGGAAAAUUCUCCUUCAUAUAAGAAAUGGCUUGAGGAGCAGGAGCAGAUUGAGGAGUUUGCCAGCAACGAGGAAUCCAGGUUAGCUGAAGUUGCUGAUGCUGAGUACCUGGAGAGAGAGAGGGAGGCUUGCAGACAUUGGCAGGAGUUGCAGAUUAAGAUAAGAGCAGCUAAGGAGGAGAGGGCUAAGCAGAAUGCAAAGAUCAAGGAAGAAUGGGAGAGAGAUCAGCAGAAGCUGAGAGAGCUGAAGGAGGAGAAGGAUAGGUUUGAAGAGGAAAAGAGAUUAAAGUUUGAGAGGCUACAAGAAAGCAUCGAGGAGUUCAUCAAUAGCGAGGCGGAGAUGCCCGAGGAACUGAACGAAGUACUCCAGAGCAAUCCGAUGAAACCAGUGUGUCCGUUCUUCAAGAAAACAGCAGCAUGCAGAUUCAGCGACAACUGUUCGAGAAACCACAUCAGACCAACGGUCAGCAACAUUCUAAUCAUGAGGAAUUUUUAUUCGCACUACAGCCUCGACUUGACCAGCGAGAACGAGCACGGAAGCGAUUCCAUCCUGGAAUUCGAAACACAAGAAACCUACGAUCAUUUCAAGGAGUUCUUCUACGACAUACUUUCCGAAUUAGAGAAGCUGGGAAGACUUAAACAGAUUAAGGUGUGCUGCAACAAAGAACCCCAUCUGCGUGGUAAUGUUUACGUUGAAUUCGCGAAAGCAAGGGAAGCCGUCAAAGCUUAUAGGAAUCUGCAAGGCAGGUUUUACGCCGGGAAACAAAUCGCGGUGGAAUUCUGCGAGAUCGAAUCGUGGAAAUCGGCAAUAUGCGGGCUUUUCUUUAAACAGAGGUGUCCCAAAGGAAGCGGGUGCAACUUUCUGCACGUCUUUAGAAAUCCUGGAAACAUGUUUUUUGCUGCCAGCUGGGAAGAGCCUCGUUCGCCGAAUCGCAAGAAAGUCCAGGAUAGCGACAAACGAGAGUGGAGAUGGUCAGAGUCUCCGGAGCGACCUCUUCGACAGGAAGAUAAGUCCAAGGUAGAUGCAGUGCCGAAUGGGUCCAAAGAGAAGUACGAUCGCAGGAGGAAACGCAGCAGGUCCAGGACGAAGUCGCGGAGGCGUAGCAGGUCAAGGCACGUGAAGAACCACAGACACAGAUCAAGGAGGAGUCGAUCAUAAAUAAUGUAAUCAAAAGAAAAGUAUAUAUUUGUUCACUACAUGUCUAUUUUAUGUGUAAAAAGAAAACUGAAAGUAUUAAAUGACUAUUAUCUGAAAUAAAAAAGAAA